AAGACGCAGCAACAAAUCCGCGGUGAUGUAACAGUUGCUCGUCUGCUUUCAUCAGCAGAGACCGUUAGCAAGCUAAGGCUACACGUCACACAGGCUACAGGCUGCUGAUCCCCGGCUAUGGCCCAGGACAUGACUCUGCUGUGGGGCUCCGGCUCCCCGCCCUGCUGGAGGCUGAUGAUCGCCCUGGAGGAGAAGAGCCUGCAGGGCUACAACCACAAGCUGCUCUCCUUUGAGAAAAAGGAGCACAAGUCCCAGGAGGUGUUGGACAUAAACCCCAGAGGACAGCUUCCCUCUUUCAAACAUGGAGACGUCAUCGUGAACGAGUCCUACGCGGCCUGUUUUUACCUGGAGAGUCGCUUCAAGUCCCAGGGAAACAAGCUGAUUCCAGAGAGUCCAGCAGAACAAGCCCUGAUGUACCAGCGCAUGUUUGAGGGACUCACCUUCUACGAGAAACUCAAUGCAGUCGUAUACUAUGAGUGGUACGUACCUGAAGGAGAGAGGCACGACUCCGCUCUGAAGAGGAACAAGGAGGCUCUGACUGCUGAACUUGGACUCUGGGAGGGUUACCUGCAAAAGCUGGGCCAGGGCUCCUACCUGGCUGGACCGUCCUUCUCACUGGCAGAUGUGACUGUUUUCCCAACCGUUGCUACUGCGUUCAGGUUUGGGCUGUGUGCAGAGCGAUACCCUCACCUGGCAGCGUACCACGCUGCGCUGAAGGAGCGGCCCAGCAUCAAAGCCAGCUGGCCUCCUCACUGGCUGGAGAACCCACAGGGACAGGACACACUCACACACAUCUGAUGCCCACAUGUCCACUAAAUGUAGUAUUUUGGUUGGGUUUCUCUGCUUUAGAUAGUUUUAACUAACAAAUAUGCCUAAUAUAAUAUGAUCCCUUUAUUUUUCUAUUGCCAAUUACUAAGACAACAUGCUGAGAUGUUGACACCCGUAUCUUCUAAAUGUUUGUGUAUUCACAGUAUCUUUACCUGUACAACUUGUUUAACAGUCUAACGGUAGGAAAGUGUUGUCACAGCAGCUCUGUUGCUCAGAUGCGUGGCCUCCGUGUUUAACACACUUGUUAUCUGCUGAAUAAUAAAUGUGAGUUGAUGCAGCAAGUGCCA